AUGAGUGCUAUGUACGAAGAUCAAUACUAUGCAGCUUCGCGCCGCCGCUCUCUCGCCACCCCUCCUCCGUCUUUGACACCACGUCACAGUCGAGCACGCAGCGACAGUAUCCGAGUCAGCCACGGCACAGCCAGCACCAAUACCAGCGUCUCCAGUGGACGGAUGUCCGAGGCAACCAAUAUCACUCAGCCGCCCUCAUUCUCAAAAAAGUUUGUAGUGGUGGGCGAUGGCGGAUGUGGCAAGACCUGCCUGUUGAUUAGUUAUUCCCAAGGUUACUUCCCAGAGAAAUAUGUCCCCACAGUGUUCGAGAAUUAUAUCACCCAAACAACGCAUCGGGCUUCUGGCAAGACCGUUGAAUUAGCGCUCUGGGAUACUGCUGGACAGGAGGAAUAUGACCGUUUGCGACCACUGUCCUAUCCCGAGACUGAUCUUCUGUUUGUCUGCUUUGCUAUCGACUGCCCCGCAUCAUUGGAGAAUGUUGUUGACAAGUGGUAUCCCGAGGUUCUGCACUUCUGUCCCACCACACCGAUUAUUCUCGUUGGCUUGAAGUCCGACUUGCGCAAUAAGCGAACCUGCAUUGAACUCCUCAAGACACAAGGCCUGACACCCAUUACACCAGAGCAAGGUGAAAAUGUCGCCCAACGGAUGGGAGCAACAUACGCCGAAUGCAGUAGUAAGGAGAUGCGUGGUGUGGACGAAGUCUUCGCCAAGGCCGUUGACUCGGCCAUCUCAAUCGAAGAACAAGGCUGGACAGCCCAGCAACCGGCCGGCCGAAACGGCCGUAAUAACCGCAACAGUCGCACGGGUGCUGCGCCUUCAGGAGGUGGAGGCCCCCGCCCUGGCAAGAAGAUUAAGAAGCGCACUUGCAAGAUUCUGUAG